CAUCAAAUGGUUUCUGCCCAUUUAGACAGUGGAAGAUCAGUAGAUGAGCAAGGCGUAGAAGAAGCUUUUGAACUUCUUUAUGAGAUAAAUGAACGGGUCAGGACCGGUAUUUGGGUUGGUGAUUGCUUCAUUUACAAUAAUUCUUCCUGGAGACUUAACUACUGUGUUGGUGGUGAGGUAACCACAAUGUUUCAUUUAGACCGGCCUAUGUACCUGCUCGGAUAUCUAGCGAACCAGAGUAGGGUUUUUCUGAUUGACAAAGAGUUCAAUGUCAUUGGAUAUACUCUACUGCUCGGCCUGAUUGAGUACAAGACACUUGUGAUGCGUGGUGACUGGGACAGAGCAAAUGAGGUGCUGCCAUCGAUUCCUAAGGAGCACCAUAAUAGUGUUGCACAUUUCUUGGAGUCGCGAGGUAUGGUAGAGGAAGCAUUAGAAGUUGCAACAGAGCCUGACUACAGAUUUGAUCUAGCCAUACAGCUGGGAAAAUUAGAUAUUGCAAAGGAUAUUGCAGUGGUAGCUCAAAGUGAGUCCAAAUGGAAGCAGUUGGGUGAACUAGCCAUGUCUGCCGGAAUGCUGGAGAUGGCAGAGGAAUGUCUGAAGUAUGCCAACGACUUGAGUGGUCUGUUGCUACUCUAUUCUUCACUAGGAGAUGCUGAAGGAAUAACUGAACUAGCAACUCUUGCCAAAGAGCAGGGGAAAAACAAUGUCACAUUCCUUUGCAUGUUCCUUUUGGGUAAAGUGGAGGAAUGCAUUCAGCUAUUGGUUGAUAGCAAUCGGGUACCUGAGGCUGCUUUUAUGGCUAGAUCUUAUCUGCCAAGUAAGGUUUCUGAAAUAGUUGCAAUUUGGAAGAAGGACCUCAGUAAGGUUAACCAGAAAGCAGCAGAAGCUUUGGCUGAUCCUGAAGAAUAUCCUAAUAUGUUUGAGCACUGGCAAGUUGCAUGUGCUGUUGAAUCUAAAGUUGCAGAAGAAAGGGGUGGCUACCCACCAGCAACAGAAUAUGUUAAUCAUGCUGAUAGAUCAACUAACAACCUUGUAGAAGCUUUCAGCCACAUGAAAAUGGAUGAAGAAUCACUUGAAAAUGGAGAUAUAGACCACGAGGUUGCAGGACAGAGUGAUGAUGAGGUGCAAGAACUGGGGCAAGAUGAUGCACAAAAUGAGGGACAAGAAGAGCCCGUAGUUGUGGAUGCUGAUUCUACUGACAGUGCGGUACUCAUUAAUGAAACUGAGGCAGAAGAAGAGUGGGGUACGAAUACUGAAGGAAAACCGUCAGCCUAAAAGCAAUUGGUUGGGCCGGUGUGAAAAUCCUAGUUUUGUUGCUGUGCUUACACCACGCCACUAGGCUCAUUCAAGACAGUUCCAUCUGUUCAAUAGGUGUUUCCUUUAAAGGGGGCGAUCAACAGACUGGGCAUGUCUGUUCUGCAAGUGGUGUGAUUUUGUAGCCAUGAGUUUUGUAGGCAUACUGGACAUAUGUUUCCAGCUUCGUUGUUAGCUUUAGUCACUCAUAGUUGCUUUAUCAUAUUCUUUUGACGCGUACGUUUUUCACCCUUCAAUAUCUUCAUUUGUCAUUGUCCACUGUAGAAACACUGUAAGCCAUAUAUGGAAGUGGAGGUAAUGCAGAUGUGUGCUCAAAAACUGCAAUCUGAAGAAAUGAAAAUGAUAAUCAGGAUAUUUUGUUUGCUGCAUUACUGUGGAACGAUGGAAAGAAAGAAGAAACAUUACAAGGAUACGAAAGACU